GAACGAACCAGCGCUGUUCCGAGGGAGCAGCAGACAGGCCCCCAGCUCACGCUGAACGUCCACCGUCCAGUUCUGCUGGUCAACCUCGAGCACGAAGAACGAAGCAGCCAUGGGCAACUCGCCGCGCAAGACCGGCGAGGUACCGGACGAGAUGACGGGCCUUACCGAGCACCAGAAGGAGCUGGUCCAGGCAACGUGGCGCAGCUUCACCAGCCACAACCGCGAGUACGGCGCGCUCAUCUUCCUCUCCUUGUUCGUCAAGCAUCCCGAGUAUCUGCGUAUGUUUCGCAACUUCCGCGGCAAGAGCGUGGCCCAGCUCAAAGACGACCCGAUAUUCCGUGCCCACGGCUGCUCCAUCGGUUACCACGUGACCUCCAUGGUGGAAAGCCUCGGGGAUCCGGCCUCCCUAGAGGUUCUGGUGCGCCGCAACGCAACCGAACACCUUCGCCGCAAGGGCGUCAAGCCGCACCACUUCGAAGUGAUGGGCCAGUGCCUGAUGGACGUCCUCCGGGCAAGGGAAGAGCGCGUGAUGACGCCAGAAGCCAUAGAAGGCUGGGGAAAGUUCCUCACGUUAAUGGUGCGCAUCAUCAAGGACGUGUUCGAGAAGGCGGCCGCCGAGCGUGCCGAGCGUGGCUCGGUUGCCUCCUCGGCCAGCGGCAUUGACGACACGGGCUUCACGUCACCCUACCAAUCGGCCGAGAUCACCAGCGGUAGUCGAAGGACGGGCGAAGGCUCGGUAUCGACGAUGACCGCCGGCAGCCCCAGGAGGCCUCCGUCGCACAAGAUUGGCGCUGGGCGGAAGAUAGGCGCCUCCAAGAAGGGCAGCGUCUCCCAGCCUGCCAAGUUGGAGGACGAGACGCCAAUGCUGACCCCACCAGCGGAGGUGUCGCCCGACAACAAGCACCACGACAAGCCGUAGACCGGCAAAGACUCUCAACGGCAAGAACGCGUCUUGCGACGCGAGUGGCAAGGACGGCCGGGAGAAGGACGCCAAGGAGAAGCAGCACUGAGACACCCGGGCGUGGGCUCACUUCCCGCAGGGCGAGAUGGCGAGAUCAUAGCGCGAUAAAGACAGCGCCUGGAAGGGAGCAGCACUGGCUGGACUCCGACACGUCGAUAUAUAACGUUGAUGUUUUUUUCGUUUCACCAUUACACGUGCCAUGUGCGCGAUGCUUUGACCGUGUUGGGUCGAUUUGGCGCGCAUUUGGAAGGCGUUCCCAAGUCUUGUGAGCGGCAUCGUCGCUGAUACCAU